GAUGUCGAAAGUGUGUAUCAUUGGUGGAGGUGUAUCUGGUCUACCGACUAUAAAAUCGUGUCUAGAAGAGAAUUUGGAGCCAACGUGCUUUGAAAAGCAUAAUGAUAUCGGAGGAAUUUGGGCUUACACUACUGAUACAAAUAGAUUUUGCGCAUCAGAAUCAACAAUAUUAAAUCUAUCUAAAGAGAUGAACGCCUAUUCUGAUUUUCGUCCGAAAGCUGAGUAUCCACCCUUUUUAACAAGGGAACACUACCAUAGAUAUUUAAAGGCAUAUGCUAAAAACUUUAAAUUAAUGAAAUAUAUUAAACUUGAACACGAAAUUUUAAAAGUUGAAAGAAAUGGUAGAACAAAAUGGUUUGUUACAGUUAAAGAUCUAACAAGUGGUAAUAUUUCAAAAUUGGAUUUUGAUUUUGUCAUUAUAUGCACUGGAAGAAAUUCUUCUCCAAAUAUCGUCAACUUAAAAGGUUCGGACGAUUUUCAAGGUAGAAUUAUACAUUCUUAUCAAUAUAAGAAUUGGAAAAAAUACGAAGAUAAGAGAGUUGUCGUUGUUGGAAGUUUAAAUACUGGUCUAGAUAUUGCUUGCGAACUGAGUAGAGUGUGUAAUCAAGUUUUUUUGGUAAGUCGGAAAGGUCAAUGGAUCUUACCAAGAUUAUUGGAAGGGAAACCAACCUAUGCAUCAGUUUCAUCGCGAUUCAAAGGGUUUCUACUUGGCACAUUACCAUUGUCUGUAAUAAAUUUUAUCAGAAAAAUUAAACACAACUCUUAUUUCGAUCAUGAACUUCUUGGUUUAAAACCAGAAUUUGAACCUUCUGAUAAAACUGGAACGGGUCUAAACUGUGAAAUAGCAGCAAGACUUAUUUGCGGUAGAGUAAUGCUUAAACCAAAAAUUGAGCGUCUACAUCAAAGAAGCGUUGAAUAUGAAGAUGGUACCGUAUCCGAUACUAUAGACGAAAUAAUACUAUGCACAGGUUACAACAAUCAAUGCCCUAUUUUAAAUACAAUCUCUGAUAUUGAAGGGAAAAUAAAUAAUGAAACAACUGAUUUAUAUCGUCUUAUGUUUCCCAUUACCGAUUAUGAGCCUACCAUUGCAGUUGUCGGUCUAUUCGGUGUGCCUGGUGGAGUUGCGGGCGUUUCGGAAAUGCAAUCUAGAUGGAUUUGUAAUGUAUUUAAGAAAACGAUUACUUUACCUAAUAAAUCGUAUAUGAAGAAGAAAGUCAAAGAAUUUCAAAGUGCGAUGAAGAAACGAUACAAACAUGGAGCUGAACCAUUUAACUAUAUAUCAUACAUUCCAACAAUGAACACCUUGGCAUCGGAAAUAGGAUGCAAACCAAAUUUCUGGAAAUUAUUUCUAACUAAACCGAAAUUGGCAUUUAAACUAUAUUUUGGACCAAUGGCCCCUUACCAAUAUAGAUUAUUUGGACCAAAUAAAUGGGAAGGUGCGGAAAAGGCUUCAACGAAUAUUAUUCUCGAUACGUUUUCAUCGAUAAUGAAGGAGAAAAAGAAAACAAAGACAACUAGCUCAAUUCCAAAGUUAUUUAUUUUAGUAGUGAUCCUUUCCCAAACUAACAAUGAAGAAUUCAAAAGGAACAAAAGUUUGGUUUGUGCCAUGAUAAAUUCAACUGACAAAUUUUUCGAUCGGUCCCACAUUCGGGAAACCGUAGAGGAUAUGCUUAUAAAUAUAUAUGAAAUGAACGAAACUGCUUUCUGUCCACUAAAUCUUCUUAGGAAGGUUUGCGGGGUCUCGAUUAUGUCGAUUAUUAUGUCGAAAGAAUACGGUUUAGAUGAUGAUGAAUUGGGAAAUUUAAUUAGGCUUAUUGGUGUAUGGUACGAUAGUUUAGGAACUUGGAAUUUUCUCUAUUACCUUUUACCUUUUCCUUCUCUUUUUCUAAAGUUUUUCGCCAAGGAUACUUUGGAGGCCAGUAGACAAGUUAAAGAAUUCGUUAGGGAGAGUAUCAAAGAACACGAGCUAUGUUUGGAUACGGAAAACCCUAGGGAUUUUAUUGAUUAUAUGUUAAGCGAAUACAAGGGAAAAGUAGACCUAAAUCGUAUCAUAGAUACGAUGUAUGUAACAUUUCCUGACGCUAUACAUACAAUUUCGUUUCUCGUAUAUUUAAGCCUAUGCUAUCUCGGUUACCAUCAGAGAGUACAAGAGAAUGCUCAACAGCUUCUCGAUUUAGUAACAAAAGGAACCGGACCAAGUCUAAAUGAUAGAGAAAAAUUAGCAUACAUAGAAGCAAUCAUAUUGGAAACGUUACGAAUAAGUAAUAUGGUACCUAUGCUUACCGGUCACUUUCCGACUAAGGAUAGUACUCUAAAUGGUUAUAAAAUACCAAAAUCUUCGACGAUUGUGGGUCUUUUAAAUAGUACACAUUUUAAUGAAGAAUUCUUUGCGGAGCCUAAGAAAUUCAAACCCGAGAGGUUUCUAGAUGAUGAAGGAAAUCUAUUAGUGAACAAAAAACUACUAAGCUUCGGAAUCGGUCAAAGGAUGUGUAUAGGAAAAGAAAUAUCAAUAAAAGAAUCAUUUUUAUUAACAUCGAAUAUCCUUAAACACUUUCAAGUCUCCAUUAAACAAGAUUUAUCGUUGGACGAUGACGAGUUUGAAAGAAUAAUCAUGUCUCCUAUUUCAACGAAAACUGAGGUUAUUUUUAAACCUAGGAGGACACAUUAA